AAAAAACAUAACGUUGAAUUUAAGCCUGAGUCACUGCCCUGAAGUCACUCUGAGAAACAGCAUCACGCAUCUCUGCUUCAGGCAGGAAAACACAGAAUGGUGCGCCUGCACAGGAUCAAACUUUUUCUUUUAUUGGCCUUUACAGGGGUAUGCACCGCUCAAAACGACAUCACUCUGUCAGUAUUUACGGUGACAUCAAAGAGCAUGACGGUGCAGUGGAGCGGCCACUCCGGUGCCAGCUCCUACAAGAUCACAGCGACCCCCAAGAACUCUCCCGAGCGGCCGGUCUUCGCCCAGUUCAGCGGCAACACGGUGAUGGGCUCGGUGAAUUCGCUGUCGCCGAACACAGUGUACACCAUGCAGCUGGAGGCCAUGGACAAUGCGCUCAAUGUCCUCAGCAGCGCAGAGACAGUGGAGACAACAGCUCCCGACGUCCCGACCAUUGACCAGGCCUACUCCAAAAACAGCGACAGCAUCACUGUUGAGUUUGCACAAGUUUCCGGGGCAACUAGCUACAUCCUGAGGGCAGAGUCAAAGACAGGGGAUUUCUUCUUUGAGACCCCAGCGGCACAGUCCCCGGGCACGGUGGUGGGGCUCCAGCCCUACACCGACUACACUCUGAGCGUCAUGUCUGUCAACUCCGGAGGAAGGAGCCAGCCUUCAUACCCCAUCGAAGCCAGGACGGUUGUCGUUGCCCCCAAGAUGAACACAUCCUCCCCCAGCAAUGACUCCAUCCUUGUGACCUGGCACCCGGUGGAGCACGCGAUCCGCUACACACUGAUUAUGAUCCGAGAAGGCUCCAGCACCCGCCUCAUAGUUAACACCACUGACACCUGGGUGACGUUUGACAACCUCGAUCCAGGAAUUUCCUACUGCAUCAAGGGCAUGGCUUGGGACGCUGAGGGUCGGAUCGGUGAUGACCUCACUGUCUGCCAGAUCACUCGUCCUCAUAGCCCAGAUGUAACCCAAGUCCUACUGACUCCGGGUCGAUCUCUUGGAAUCGCUGUUUACUGGAUGACGGUGCAGGGGGCUAACAGCUACUUGGUCCUGGCCUCAAAUGGCCAGAGCUGUAACACGAGUGACAGUUACUGCUUCAUCUCACCUCAGGAGUGUGGUCAGAACCACUCUGUCACCGUUACAGCCUACAACGAUGCUGGACCCAGCAGCCCCUCACAGUCAGUUGGCUACAUUACGUACCCGUGUCCCCCAGAGAACAUCUGGGUGGAGGAGCCCACUGCCGGGAACUGCUCGGUGGUGUGGGAGGAGGUGCCCCUGGUGGAGUACUACGUGGCUUUCAUAAAGAGGGACGAUGGGACAGAGAAGUCCUGCAACACCACAAAGACCACCUGCCAGUUCUUCUGCAUGUGUGGCUACACGUACCUCACCAGCGUGUUUCCCUACAACCAGGCCGGCACCAGCCUCUUCGCAGAUGUCCGCAACUACACAACCAUUCCUUGUUGUCCACAGGACGUAACCGUGAACCUGGUGUCCACAGAGACACUCGAGGUCAUGUGGUCCCCAGUCAAGGGGGCCGAGUUGUACGAGACCACAGCAGCUCAGACCAACAGCGUCCUGCACUGCAACGACACGUCGCCAGUGUGUGCGCUCUCAGACCUGACAUGCAACUCCCUCUACUCUGUGACUGUGACCCCCUGCAGUGAGCUACGAGGGUGCAACCACACUUGCACACCGCACAGACAAGAGACAGCUCCCUGCGCUCCAGAGAUCCUGAAUAUGACACAGACCACCAACUCCACAUACAAAGUCCUGAUAUCCACCCCAAACUCCCCCAACACAAACUACACCAUCAGUGCUACUGGACGCUACGACAGACACACCUGCCAGUCGAGAAAUAACUCCUGUGAGCUCACGCAGCUGCCCUGCGGCACAAUCUAUGAAGUCACAGCUGUGGCCUCCACAGCAGUCGGAAAAAGUCUGCCUGGAUACAGCAAAACUCUGGAAACAGGUCCUUGCUGCCCAUCAACUGUAAACGUCACCCAGGUCACCCAGGCAAUGACCAAUCUGACCUGGUCGCCCGCGACCGGCGCCAGCUCCUACUUAGCCACCCUGAUGUCCCCACGUGGGGAAGCCAAAUGUCACACUCUGGACACUCACUGCCUGAUGGGCUGCAUCACCUGUGGCACCAACUACAGCGUCCAACUGGACGCCAUCAGCAGCACAGGACACAAGUCCCAGUGCCAAUAUCGAGGAUUCUCAUCCAGUGCGUGCUGUCCAACAGGCGUCAAGCUGUAUCGCCGCACCAACAACUCGCUCAGGGUGUACUGGCGUUCUUCGAGCCCCCAGGCUUAUAACCACACAGUAGAGCUGUACGGGACCGGGGCCAACUACACCUGCUUUGCUGCUGCAGGCAGCAUGUACUGUGACAUCCAGGAGGGAACCUGCGGGGACGUCUACACGGUAGUCGUAGCACCAGUGGGGAAGUCCGGGGAAAAAGUGACCUUCUGCCUGCCCAGGACCUACUCAGUUCCCUGUCCAGGAAGUAAUGCUGGAAUGGUUAUCUCGCGAAGAAGACGAAGCGUAAAGUAGCGGUGGGAGGAUCGUCUACCAUCAUUACAAUGCGGACAAAAAGCUUUGUUUACACUAGUGGGGAUUGAAAAGAUUCAUGAAGAAUAUUACAGCUUGUUUAAAAUCUCAGAGAAACUGUUUAUAAGAUAAAAAUCCAUAUAGGAAUAAUUAAAUAGAAGUACAAUAAUACCAAAGCCAUACAACACAAAAUGUCUGGGAGCUUUGGGGGAAACAUCAACUGUGAAAUUGUUUUUUCAAAAUCCAAAUUUUUUAUUUUUUAUUUUUGUGAUUUAGAAGAAAUGGUCACGUAUUUAACCCUUACACAUUGGAGACUUGUAAUUCUGUGACGUAAAAAAAAAAAUCCCAAACUGGAAAGAAUAAGACUGUCCCAACUCAUUCUUUUUAUUAUUAUUAUUCUAUGAGUUUGAUUGAAUUCAUCAUGUAUGUAAUGACUAAAACACAAAUAAAACGAUAAGCUAGGACCUCUCCAAGUAGAAGGCCUCCACACGGUUGCAGUAUGACGUUACUCCUGGUUGGUUGGUGGCCCUGGAUGCGAAACUGGGACAGAUGACAUCGAUCCCAUCCGCUCGGAGUCAUGCGUGCACAGUCGUGUGGAUGAUACAUCUGAUCAAAUUCCUGGAGACAGACUCGGUGUUAACUUUGCUUUCACUGAAUGUGUUUGUGCUCGUUUGACAGAUGAAAACAAUAAAGUCAACUUUUUGCAUCCAAAAA